CAAUAACAACAACAGCCAAAAUCACCAUCACAACAAACAUCCUUUAUCGAGCCCUAGAAUAGUUUGAAGAAAGAGCGAUAGAGCCAAGCUUUUCCAAUGCAUUUACAGAAUCUUGUUGACUUUGCUCACAAUUUCUAGUCGAAGCUAAGUUCUUGGACGUGACUCCCAAUCCAACAAGAUGACAACACCUACUACUACACUGAAAUCCAUUUCUGCCGCUAUUUCUAGAAGAAAACCUCUCACACCGACAACAACUCCAAAGCAUGGUAGAAAACCUGUCCAUCACAAGGAAAAUGGUGGCUUCACCGACUGUCUUUCCCGAGGAGUGGAAGGCAACGAAGCAGAUACGUCGUCCUUGAAACGGACUCUGGGUGUGACAGACGUGAUUUUCUAUGGAAUUGGAUGCUCCGUAGGAGCGGGGAUAUAUUCCUUGGUGGGAAUCGGUGCCAAGACGGCGGGACCCGCAAUAUCGCUGAGUUUUGCGCUGUGCGGAAUUGCGUGCUGCUUUACCAGUUUGGCAUACGCCGAAUUCGCAGCUCGGGUCCCGCUUGCGGGGUCGGCCUACACGUUUACGUACGUGAGUUUCGGGGAACUGGCGGGGUGGUUGGUAGGGUGGAAUCUUACGCUGGGAUAUGCGAUUAGUGCCGCAGCAGUUGCCCGCUCCUGGGCCGUGUAUGUCUCGGGAUUUUUCCACGGGUGGUUGCAGGGCUACAUCGUACGAGAAUCCGUGUCGGUAGCGAUUGCUACAGCAGCCGACAAUUUUCUUCAGUGGUUUGUGAAUCUUCCAAUUUCAAACGCUUUCGGUGAGCAAGAAUACCAAUGCUGCCCACUUGCUGCAGUCGUUAUCCUUCUUUGCACGUCGCUCUUGGUUACKGGUGCGAAAGAGUCGGCGCGAUUCAAUACUGUCAUGACUAUACUGAAUAUUUCGGUGCUAGGAUUUGUCGUGAUUGUAGGGUGGACUACUGGGAACGUGAAGAUACAGGAGAAUUUGUUGACUCCUUCAUUUUUCCCCGAAGGGUUUGACGGCGUGGGCCGUGCGGCUGGAUUGGUGUUCUUCUCGUAUCUAGGAUUCGAUAUGGUUUCUUGUUUGUCGGAGGAAGUUAGAAAUCCUGAAAAGAAUAUGCCGAUCGGGAUUGUUGGUUCCCUUGUCGCUAGCACAAUCAUAUAUUGUGUUGUGUCUCUAACGGUCGUGGGAAUGGUUCCGAUCAAACUACUAGGAGAUGACGUUCCCGUAGUCAAUGCAUUGUUAGCAAAUGCUUGUUGUACUCAUAACGAACAGCUUCAAGACAUCGCUAUUCAUUCAGACACAGACUACGAAUGCUUAUCAUAUCCAUCGUGCAAGGGUUCUUCUUUCAUUUUUGCGUUGCUAUUCAACGGAAGCAGAUUGAUUUCCUUUGCCGCAAUUUUUGGAUUGACUACAGCUACAUUUGCCUGCUUAAUGGGGCAACCGCGAAUUUUUUUUUCGAUGGCACAAGAUGGAUUACUAUUCAAAAUCUACGGUCGAGUCAACCCAGAAACCGGGGUACCAACCGCGGGAACCAUUAUCACGGGAAUCACAACAGCAUUUGUUGCAUGCUUCGUAGACUUGGAAUCACUGGCAAACACCAUUUCCUUAGGAACUCUCCAGGUGUUCACCUUCGUCAAUGCCGGAGUAAUUGUGCUGCGAAUGACUCCUUCACUUAUACAAAUAGAGAUAGACACAAAAAAUGACGAUGAAGAAAGUGAUGCCGGUCAAGGGUCAAACAAGAAAACUGAAGCAGAUGCGGGGUGGAACUUGAGUUCUGAAAAUACCGCCCAAAAUGAGCGAUCGUAUUUGAUACCGUGUAAAACCAACGGUCGGGAGCGAACAAAUAACAUAUGCAGCUCUUCUUGCACUGCUACUUGCUGCGCUGAACGUCGAUCUUCUCUUCUACCGGACGAAGGCGGAGCAGUAUUGGUCAGAGAAGCAUCGCGAGAAUUUCGGAGCAGUCUUCGUAGCAUUUCUUCUUCGAUUGUCGACAACGGAGAGAGUUUUGAGAGCCAGCACCUAUUGGUAGAACUGAAUGGAUCCAAACCGUAUUGGCUGACACUUAUCUUCACUGUUUCCGCUGUGUUAUUCUCUGCUAGUAUGUCACACUCAUGGCGCAUAGGAACAAGGUUGGUAUUGGUGACCAUUAUGCUACUUUCGGUAGCUACGUUGUGGCAACUACCGCAGAGCAACUCGCCAGAGACUUUCAGUUGCCCGUGCGUUCCGGCUGUGCCAUUGUUAGGCAUAUUUUUCAAUUCUUAUAUGAUGGGUUCAAUGCCCUCAUCCACAUGGUCAACAAUCAUCCUCUGGCUUCUAGUGGGAGGUUGUUUUUACUUCUGUUACGGAAUGCACCAUUCUGAAUUGCGGAAAAACACAAACGUACUGGGUAUUUGAAUCGGUCACAAAAAGUAUCAAGCAACUGGGCUGAAGAUGCAGUUUUACCGUACAUAUCAUCAAUUCUACUGGAAUUCAUAAAAUACAAGUGCACUCUAUCAGGUCAUUCUUCUUAGCUACACAUUCGUGCCUUGUCAAUAUUCGCAGGCUGACGCCAAUUUAGUAAAUUAAAGAUAUAGUU